GGGGAAGAUCAAGAUAUUGUUUUCUCAUCCAGAGUCGAUUUUGAGUGCAGAAGGCAUGAGAUUGCUAAAAGUCCUAUAUUCCGCCAAAAUGUAGCUGCCUGUGUAAUCGAUGAAGCACACUGUGUUGAGUUAUGGGGCGAAGAUUUCCGUAAAAGCUUUGGCGAUUUAGCUACACUUAAAGCAUUGUUCCCAACAGCAGUUACGUUAGCCCUAACAGCAACAGCACCACUAGCAAUGGUUGAAAAAAUUACUGACAGUUUAUCUAUUUCCUCGUGCAAAAUUGUCCGGAGCAGUCCAAAUCGUCCAAAUAUAAAACUAACUGUACGAAAAAGAAUGCCAAAUAACUAUAGCAAAGCCAGUUAUGAUGAAAUUCUUUUGCCAAUGACCAAAGGACUCAACAGACUUAGAGAAAAAUUUCCAAUGACUAUUAUAUAUAUGAAGUUAAAGUACUGUGGAUAUGCAUUUAAGUUGUUCAAUUCGAAAAUUAAAGAUCCGUUUGUUGGUGAAAAUUGUGUUCCGGCCAACAGAUUAUUUGCACAAUUUCAUGCACCCACUACGAAACUAAUGAAAUAUGACAUAAUUGAAGAAAUUAGGAAAGAAAAUUCAAACAUUCGAGUAAUUUUUGCCACAGCUGCACUUGGUAUGGGUGUAAAUAUACCACAUGUUACAAAAGUCAUACAUAUCACACCACCAGCUACAUUAGAAUCGUAUUUACAAGAGUUUGGUAGAGCUGGUAGAAAUGGAAAUUCCUCUUCUGCAAUAAUAUAUUACAAUAACUCUGAUAUAAGUGAAAAUAAUAAAAUUAUGUCAACUGCAAUGAAAGAAUAUUGCACAACAACAAAUUGUUUGAGAAAAACUAUUCUCACAUAUUUUGGAUUUUCUUGUCAAGCACAAGUUUCAUGUUGUUCUAAUUGUAAUGGAGAUGAGAAUCAUUGUGAAGACAAAGAAUUAAACCACAUUGAAAAAAAAACUUUCAGACCACUGGAUGGUGUUAAUUUCGAAAAGUUACGAAAAGAACUAUUUGAAGUAAAAAUCCAAUCUGAAUUAGCGUUAUUCCAUGUCUUACCGCAACAAGAAUAUAAUUCAAAAUGUAUUGAAGACAUCUUACAACAGUUACAAUAUAUAAAUACCUUGGACGAUAUGUUUGAUAAAUUUGGUAUUUGCGAUGAAACGUAUUCAAAAAAAAUAUAUGACCUUGUUGAAUGUUAUGCUCCUAGGUGUUAAAAAUUUGUGAGGUUAUUUUUUAAAACAAGGAUAUGAAAAAACUAUUUUUAUGCAAUAUAAA